UGUUUAACCCCAGAAGAAAAAGAUUAGGGAGAAACACUGAUGACAGUUGACCUUUGCCCCCCUGCAGGAGCGAGUGCCCUGCUGUCUGCUGGAUCCUAAUCACAGGUCAAAGUCUGCUUCUGAGUGUGUUGUCACACGCUCACAACACUACUCUCGCCCUGUCGACAACACCACUGACAUUCUUGCCACCAUGCUGCUGCGGACUCUUCUCCUCCUCCUAUGUGUGUCGGCCGGCGUGUGCGCCACUCUGGGCCACUACCAGUCCACAGCCCAGGACAAGGAGGAACCUCCCGCGGUGGAUCCACGAGACACGGUUGCAGAAGACCCCCCACUGGGUGAAGAACACAAAGAGCCUGAGGUGGACCACACAGCAGCUGAGGGUGUUGGUGCACCAGUUGCAAGCACACAGAGGCCACCUGAAGAUGUGGAGAUCCAUGCUGAAGGCCAGCAGCAACCUUCUGAGGAGGAAGAGAGCAAUGAGAUCAAGCAUGUCGAGACUAAACCGCCGGCGAACGUUUCCUCUCCGCGUGACGACAACAGCAGCUGGAGCAUCAACUCGAUCAGGAGCAGUUUCCAAACCGUGCACGGCUACUUCGACUCCCUGGUGGAGCUGGUGGGGGGACACAAUGGCGUGUGUCAGUACCGCUGCAGAUAUGGAGAACAUCCUCAGCCCCGCCCCGACUACAAGCACCAAGAACCCAAUGGCUGCAGCUCCUCUAUGGUGGGAUUCCAGCUCGACCUGGGUAUCCCCGCCAUGACCGAGUGCUGUAACCAUCUCGACGUGUGCUACGACAACUGUGGCGUUAACAAGUACGAAUGUGACACCAACUUUCGCUCUUGUCUUCACAACAUCUGCUCUGACCUGAAGAGAAGUCUUGGCUUUGUGUCCAAAGUGGAAGCCUGCGAGUCAAUGGCGGACGCUUUGUACAACACGGUGUGGACUCUUGGAUGCCGGCCUUACAUGAACAGCCAGAGGGCAGCUUGUGUGUGUGACGGGGAGGAAAGGGACGAACUGUGACACUGUGGACACAAACUGUAGCUAUCAAAACUAUCAGGUUUUAUCAUUUUGGAAUUACAGCAAGUGAGAUUGGAAUAUUUAAUAAUGAACUACAUGUACACUUUCUGCAGUGCAUCCAUCUUUAAGGCCAAUUGUUGGGCCUUAUGACUCUAUCAAAAUCCAUUUCUUUAAUAACUCCAGAGUGUUUUGUGGGAAUAAUUCUGAAUGUACCAGACAACAGUGUAAUAUAUUUGUUAUUUAUGUGACCACAGACUUAACAUAAAUGUCUCUCACUACAAGGUCAGCUAAAAUGGCAGAGAUCUCUGUAAAGUUUAUUCUGCAGUUCCAAAACCAUAGGUGAAUUGUCCUGGAAUGUGUGUUGAAAUUAAUGGUUUUGUGUAUAUGUCACACAAAACAUUUGCUGGGAUAGGCUCCAGCUCACCUGUGACCCUGAACCUCAUCAUGAGCAGUUAUAGAAAAAUGACGUUUUAACACAAGAACAAUGUGCUCAAAGAAACAUUUGUGAGUCAAACGUGUCCCUGGAGUUCGAAUCCGUCUGGUUGGAUGAAGAUGGGGCCUCCGCUCAGCGUGUGCCGCUCCUGAGAUGGCACAUCCCGACGGAAGCGUCCCCGACAAGGCUGAGCACAGCGAGAGUCCCCCAGGCUGCACACCAACACCUGACAGUGGAGGAAGACCUGCUGUAAAGGAGCAGAGAUGCUGCAUUAAUAACUUCAACAACAUACUGUCAGCACACACACACACACACACACACACACACACACACACACACACGCACACACACUCACGCACGUUGCAGCCAGCUGGCUCCCAGCAGGCUGCUUUUUACUCACCCGGUUUUCCUUGCCAAUGAACUUGAAGACAGGAACCUGGUAGUGCUUGGAGAGUUGGUCCUUGGAUGAGUACUGAGUCACUGUUUCAUCAGAGAUGCACCUGCUCACAAGACACAAGAUUAAAGGAAUCGCUGCAGACAUGCUCACUUUGUUAUUUAUUUUUAGAUUUGAUGUUUACUCAAACACCUCCAAGGCCUUCAAACUUGCUUUACUUGAAAUAAGAAAUAGUGCAAAGAACAUCAAGACUAUAUUCCCAAGAAAAUGCACAGGAAGAUCCAAUUUAGAGGGAAAAAAACAUGCCUCUCUAAGGUCUAACUAGCUGAAUCUAUGAAUGUGUGACAUCACGCGAUAUUUCACCAGAUCCUGUUCAGUUCAGCAAGCGUUUGAAGAAUGACCGUGUGACUGUUUUCUAAAAAAGAAAAGUGUAAAGAUAACCAUCCAUCCUUGCAUUUUCUCCAGAUUGUCCCUCUCCAUAGAACCAUAAUGUGUAUUUACUGGUGCUGCACCAUAGGAAAUAGUGCACAGUUAAGCAAUUAUUAUAUUCAUCUAUUUUCUAUACCACUUGGGCUAGAGUCACGGGUAAGCUGGGGCCUAUCCCAGUUGACUUG